UUUUAGUGGUGUAUAACCUUCCGUAUGGAAUCUUGAGCAUUCCCCUAAGUUCUAGCCUCUAGGAGGGUGACUGUGUUACAGAUAUGGAUGAACGGGACGUAGAAGUAUUUAUAGAAACUUUAAAGCUGCAAUUGAAUGUUUAUAGUUUCGACUAUCUUGCAUCCAUCCCUAUGCCAUUUAGUGAUUUGGCUAAAGUGAACCGAGUAAGCGAAUCGUUCAGGAGCUUGCAACUUCCUGCCGGUUAUGGAAAACCAUUGAAGAACAUUCUCAAACCACUUCAGGGAAAAGAGGGAGUAAACCUGUUUAAGAGAAAACUGGAAAGCAGUUGUUGCCAGGGAGUGAGUGCAGCUCAGUCAAUUGAGAAAAAGUCGGAGGAAAUUGGGAUUGAAAAAGAGCAAGUUGCUGAAUAUGGAAAAGAGGGAGUAAACAUGGUAAAGAGAAAACUAGAAAGCAGUUGUGACCAGGGAGUGAGUGCAGCCAAGUCAAUGAAAGCUGAAACAGCUGUUGAGAACAAGUUGGAGGCAAUUGGGAUUGAAAAAGAGCAAGUUUCUGAAUAUAUCACUUUUGAUGACAACAAAAUGAAGGAAGCUUUAAAGCAUUUGAAUUCGUUUCUGGAGGAAGAUAAUAUAGAAAGGCUGAAAAAAGUUUUGCAACAAUCAAGAGAUGAAGGUGAACUUGAAGUUGGUCUUGGAAUUCAUCUUUUUUCAAUGUUGAUGGGAGAAGCAUACACAAGCAAAAAGAAAAGUUUACGGAGUUGUCCUUGUGGUUGUCAGGAAAAGCUUCUAGAGAAUGAAAAUAUGUGGAUAGGAUCUGAAAACACCUGGUAUGGAGAAUUGGAUAUAAUAGCUGGAAAUCCUGUUUCUGGAGAGGUUGUCUCAGUUUUUGUUGAAACUAAUACUGAAAGUGGAAGUAAAUGUGAUGAAACAAAAAUAGGGAAAGAUGAUGUAGUUAGUUUCCAAGGAGAAGUAACUGAAGAGGAAGAAAAUGAGGAUGAAGCCACAGAUUUAAAUGACAGUCCUGGUGAUCGGACAAAUCUUGAGGUAAAAUAUUGUGGUCCGAGUCAGGCUCUUAAUCAAGUAAUUGCACAGGCGAUUGUCUUCGCAUUUACCGAGUACAACAGACAUCCUAGUAAAUCAAAAUUCAUACCUUCUGUCUUAAUUGAUAAAGCACGUUAUCAGUAUGUCAUUUACAGUCCUGUUGAUGAUAUAUUGCUUGUUUCAAAUUAUAUGGUGUAUAUCAAUGAUGAAAACUUUGAUAAAAAGUCAGGUUAUAGACCAUUUGUUGUGUUGUGGUUAAUCUUAAAUCACAGAUUGUUCUUUACAAAAUGUCCAUUCAGGCGUAUAGUGAGAAGUGGAUUCCAUAAGAACAUUAAAAAUUUGCAACAGUUCCAAAAUUUGACGGAAUAUUCAAAAAUUAUUCACAUCGAGCAGAAUUCUGAUUUUCCAAAUGACACUCCCAAUGCAAUUGAUGAUAGAGGAAUGGAAUGGUUCGUUGGGAAUCAGGAACUUUGUUUUUAGCUCAACUGAGCAGGAAGUGCUAAAUAUAAGCUACUGUGUUUAGUGUGUUGUUUGUCAGUAUUCAUUUUGUUAACACUAUAAAGGCUACACUUGUAUGUUUGUGUAAAUUGGGGUUGCGUGGCAUUUCCUUAAAUGUAAUACAUAUAUACAAUAUGUACAAUAACGGGGAAAUAAAUCACCCAAAAUUCAAAUUAGAGUUAUG